AACAGUCCAAUCAGAUUCAGAAUGCAGGCUUCGGUAUCUAACUGCAUAAAUAGCAGUGCGAAUCAUGCCAUGACUUUAACCAACCCACAAACGUCCACCGUUCCACGCCUUUGCUCACUUUGUUAAUUUUUACAAUUAUAAGCAGUGCCUUCUCUGACAAACCCUUCCAACAAUCUUUCAAUCUAAGUUUUCCAAAUGGGUAACAUCCUCUUAGAAGCUCUCCAUGUUCGUGUUAUAGGUUCCGGAGAAAAAUUCGUUGUUCUUGCCCAUGGUUUGGGCACUGACCAAUCCGCCUGGCAUCGCAUUCUUCCACAUUUUACCCGUUAUCGUGUAAUUCUCUAUGACCUUGUUUGUGCCGGCAGUGUAAAUCCUGAUUACUUCGACUUCAAUAGGUACACAACUCUUGAUGCUUAUGUUGAUGACUUGCUCAACAUUCUUGACGCCCUUAACGUUGAUCGGUGCGCCUAUGUUGGUCACUCUCUAUCCGCUAUGAUCGGAAUCUUAGCUUCCAUUCGCCGCCCUGAGCUCUUCACCAAGCUCAUUCUUAUCGGUGCUUCUCCAAGAUUUUUGAAUGACCACGAUUAUCAAGGGGGAUUUGAGGAAGGUGAAAUUGAGGAAGUGUUUUCAGCAAUGGAGGCCAAUUAUGAGGCUUGGGUUUUUGGGUUUGCUCCGCUAGCAGUAGGGGCCGACGUUCCGGCAGCCGUCAGAGAAUUUAGCCGGACCCUAUUCAAUAUGAGGCCAGACAUAUCGUUAUUUGUCUCCAGGACAGUCUUUAACAGUGAUCUUAGAGGAUUCCUCGGCCUGGUGAAGGUGCCAUGUUGCAUAAUUCAGACGGCCAAGGAUGUUUCAGUCCCCAUAUCAGUGACCGAAUAUCUACGGAAACAUCUCGGCGGGCGUACCACCGUGAAGAUUUUGAAGACUGAAGGUCAUUUGCCACACUUGAGUGCCCCUGCCAUGCUGGGUCCAGUUAUCCGGCAAGCACUAUCAAGAAAUUAGGUUAAUAUUGUGAAUUGUUGAUGACUUAGAAAGAACCAAGACAUACCUGUCUGUAAUCGGUAAAGAAAAUCAACCACAUUUGUGUUUUAUUUUGAUUUUAGAUGUGUGGUGUCAGGGCCUAAUUCGCUAAGUGGGGUCUGGAGAAAAAUUGCAGUAAGGUUGAAGCUGAAGGUGUUGACACUUCAAAAGAAUUUGUGGACACUAGUCCAUGGAUUUGGGAUUAUAUGAUCUUUUAUCAGAGGUUAAGAAUACUCACGUGUUCAGCACGUGAUAUGGUUUGUUUUUUUCA